CGGCUGCCAACUUUGACGAGCCCGUCUCGGCGACUUCAGAAUGUAUCGGAAGCCAUCUGGCGGUACAGGCUUCUCCUUCGGCCGCCUAGUCACCAAUGCAUUCCCCAAUUUUGCAAAUGACAAUAGCGAGCAAGAUGCCGACCUGACAGCCACUGAACAAGAUGGUCUAUGGAUGCACCAAGUGGUAGGAGCCGACGCCUGCGGAAGACCGCCAAUGACGCUGGAUGCUGAGAGCGCUCUGAGAGCUGGUGUCACCACGUCCGAGAAACUUUCUGCCCGUAUCCACAAGGCAUUGGUCAACAAUGGCAUCCUCGAUCCGCAGAGUCCUCUGGGCAUUGAUACCACCCGCAUCACUCCAAAAUUUGCCCAUCAGCUUGCAUUCAUUAGCGUUGCUGGCCAGCGCAAAGUCGUGGGAAUGUUGUUCUUCUGGGAACAAGAAGCCCUUCGCUGGAGAUUGCUUGAUCAGGAGGAGGCAGAGCUCAAGGCCGCCAUGGAAGAAAGCGACGCUACGGACGACCAGAGGAGGGAAUUACAGACCAGGCUGGAAAGCGUGAGAAUGAGGAGAGCUAUGAAGCCGAGCCAGAGGGUUGGUGAAGGAGAAAGCGCUGCUCAGCAGCCAGAGGAGCCGCCUGCGUACUCGUAAGUGAGACUGGAAAGGGAAGUCACGAUUGUCAUGACCUUCGAUGUGUCGUUUCAGGCAUCUUUAUUGUUGCAUCUCGAAUGGCACUUCUUGAUCUAUCUCGUCUUGUUUGAACUUUGAUUGUGUCCCUUGAUAGCAAAUCUAGGC